GUUGUUACAGGCUUAGAGAAACCUAGGAAACAGAAGAAACUACAGCCUGGCAAUCGCGAGUGGGUUACCCUAGUACAAGGCGUUGCUGCAACAGGGCGUAUUAUCCUACCCUUCCUUAUCUUUACAGGCAAGUUUACUAGUCUACCUUGCAACUGGGUUGUCAUGGUCUCUCCUACUGGCUGGACUAAUAACGACGUCGCGAUGGCAUGGCUUAAGCACUUUGACGCCCAUACGAAGGUGACCUCUGCUGGGGCAUAUAGGCUGCUUAUUAUUGACGGCCAUGAGAGCCACUGCUCAAUAGAAUUCCAGGACUACUGCAAGGAGAACAAGAUUAUCACUCUCUGCAUGCCACCACACUCAUCGCACCUCCUGCAGCCUCUUGACGUUGUCCCAUACUCGCUGUUGAAGCGCCACUACGGCGACAGGAUCUCGCUCUUGGCACGCAGCCGCAUCUACCAUAUUAACAAAGAAACCUUCCUACCAGCCUUUAAAGUAGCUUUUAAGAGGACGUUUACACUAGAGAAUGUUCGCGCAGGGUUUUGAGGCGCUGGGCUAGCCCCGCAUGACCCUGAGGUUGUGUUAUCGAAGCUUGAUGUACAGCUACGUACGCCAACGCCACCUGCACCAGGCACUGUGGCCUGGGAGGCGCAAACACCACGCAACGCCCGCGAGAUAGAGGCGCAGUUAACGCUGAUCCGAAAUCGCAUGCAAAA